AUGAUAACGAAGGCAGUAGAAGCUAGUGGAACAGUUACUAUUACAACUGUAACCCAGCAACUAUUUCGAACAAAGAUGGAUUUUAAUGAAUGUUUCAUUCAUCCAAAGUCAUUCUCUUUAGACCCUAACAUUUAUACAGAACUUGUAGAACAUUAUACAAACGAGGCUUUAUGUUUUCCUGUUAAAGUUAUGGAUUGGAUUCCUAUGGACGGUUCAUUCUCAAAGAAUACAGAUAGUUCAAGUGCAACAUUUACAGCAGCUUAUACGCCUAUUAAUGUUAAAAGUAUUUGGGCACUAUUUAGAAAGAAAGACAACUAUUAUGUUAAUUUUGAGAACCCUAAGUUUAAAUAUCUUCAGCUUUCCAUGGGAGCUUAUGGAAAUAUGCCUGCAGAACCUGAAAAAUCAUAUGGACCUGUAUUUUAUGAAAUGGUUGCGAACGCUUGCAAUACAAACAAUGAUAUGAUAGGAUUUAAUGAAGAUGUUAUGAGGUCAUUGGUGGAUGAUGAUAGUGUGGAACAUAAAUGGGAUAGCUAUGACAACACACAUUUCUUAUGUGGUUUUCCAACAGAAGUGGACUUUUGCUUCCAGCAAGGUCAAACAUCUACUGCUCCAAUAACAUACAAAUUGUCU